AUGCAGACCUCAUUCGCCACCGUUUGCCAGCUCAUGCUGGCCCUCUUCGCUGCCCAGGCCAUCGCAGCGCCCACGGCCUCCUCUUCCUCCCGCCCAAACGCCGACAAAUGCGAAGACGAGGGUUUCGGCUGCGUCUUACAAUGUUACGGCGCGUGCGCCUGGGUUCCCAGGAGCUCAGACUCGUCUCCCAAGUAA